GCACCGAAUGGACCCAAAUUGAAGUUAUUGAUCUUAUUAAUGAUGGAACAGGCCUUGGAUUUGGAAUCAUUGGAGGACGAAGCACAGGGUGGUUGUCAAGACUAUAUUGCCUGGAGGUGUUGCUGAUGUGGACACACGACUGCGAAGUGGAGAUCACAUCCUUCAGAUUGGAGAGGUGAAUGUUCGGGGCAUGGGGUCAGAACAGGUGGCCCUGGUUCUCCGGCAGUCUGGGAGCCAUGUCCGUCUCAUUGUUGCCCGGUCAGUGAUGGAGCCCCCACCCUUCCAGAUCCCCCAUGCCCCAGUCGUCCCCACCCAUCUCCUUGAUGAUCACCUGGAUCAGAUCAAUGCUAUCAUGGCCAUGGACUCCCAAGAGAACUUGGACAUGAGGAUGCAGGAGGAACAGUCCAUCAGCAACAUCAUGGCUGGGCAGGUGCAGGUCCACCCGCAACCAUAUGAUAUGAAUGAGGUACCAGAGGUAGAAAUCUUUGAUGUGGAUCUGACCAAAGACAAUCAUGGGCUCGGCAUCACCAUCGCAGGCUACGUCGGAGGCGACAACACACCAGAUGAGGUGUCUGGCAUCUUUGUGAAGGGUAUCGCUGACGGCAGUGCUGCAGCAGUGGACGGCCGAGUGCAAGUCAAUGAUCAGAUCAUAGAGGUGGAUGGCCUGUCUCUCCAAGGCUAUUCCAACCACCAGGCUGUAGAGGUGCUACGUAAAACAGGGCAGCUGGUCCACUUGAAGCUCGUCCGGUACCGACAUGGACCCAAGUAUGAGAAGCUACAACAGUACCUGGCCCAGGCAAAUGCAACACUGAUGGGGCAACCUGGCCUCAUCUCACAGAACCAUGAGAGUCUGGCAGCAUCCAACCCCACAUACGACAUCACCACGCCCAACCCCCAGGUGGACUACAACGAUGUCAACUUCAUGUCAGAUGAAGACUACAGUGGAGAGCUUCUGCCUGACGUGGAGGCCGCCAUCAAGGCAUGCUGGGAACCGCUCAUCGGCAGCGACUUCGAAGUGGUUGUCGCCCAGCUGUCCAAGUUCAAGGAAGGAGGUGGCCUGGGUAUCAGUUUGGAGGGGACUGUCGAUGUGGAGAACGGAGUGGAAGUUCGACCGCAUCACUACAUACGCUCAAUUUUGCCGGACGGCCCUGUCGGCCUCAAUGGUCACCUCAUCAGUGCGGACGAGCUACUGGAGGUGAAUGGUAAACGGCUGCUUGGUUUGAAUCAUGUGGAGGUGGUCAACAUUCUCAAGGAUUUGCCUCAGCAUGUCCGUCUGGUGUGCGCCAGACGCAAGACUCAAACCACUGAAACCUAUGCACAUAAGGACGCCCAAUUUCUCAGCAGUGUGUUCAACACAGGGGUCCAUACAAACUUUCCAGCAAGUGAACGAUUGGUCAAAGCCAAGUCGGAAAUGGCACUGUCAUCAACGGAUACUGCUGUUCUAAAUUCGCUCAACAAAAGCAAGUCUCGUUCACUAGAGCCGUUGACAAAUCUGGCAAUGUGGAGCAGCGAGCCAGUUGUUAUUGAACUCCUGAAGGAAGAUAAGGGACUGGGAUUCAGUAUUCUAGACUACCAGGACCCUGUGAAUCCUAACGAGACUGUCAUUGUGAUACGAAGCUUGGUGCCGAAAGGUGUUGCUCAACUAGAUGGACGACUGGUGCCAGGUGACCGUCUCAUCUUUGUCAACGACAUCAACGUAGAGCACGCCACAUUGGAUGAGGCAGUACAGGCUCUGAAAGGCGCAGGAAAAGGCGUGGUUCGAAUUGGGGUAGCGAAACCACUGCCCCUGGCUGACAACUUUAGGGGGGAGAAUCAGCCUCCAUUGCUAACUGCACCCGCCCUUUCUGAUCUGCCACAAUCUGCCCGGGGGACAAAUUUCACGGACCAGCUGGCCGAUUCCACAACAAUCACAAUGCUUCCCCAGGAAACAACAGUAAACAGAUCCGUUUCCUCUUCCUCUGGAGAAAUAGGCACAAAAAUCGGGACGCAACGAAAAGACAGUUUUUACGAGAGUGAUGAUGAAUUGAAAAUAUUCCGAAAAACCUCUCCCAAAAAGACCUCCCCGAUUAAGUCACCUCCCAAAGAGGACUCCCCACCUUGCUAUGACCAAGCCUUAGGUAGUGUUGACACUCGCGUAAGCUAUGAGCACGUGGAGCCUCAUGUGAAGAGACUUCAGUACGAAAGCGUGGAACCAGUUUCCAGCGAUAUCACGCAAGAACAUUUCGAGGCUGUGCAGUCGGUAAAAACUCAUGAAGUUAUGGCGCCAUUAUCCCGAGAGGUCAUGGCACCGUUGCCCUCAUAUGAAGAAGCUACUCUUGGUGUUGAUAUGGGCAUAGCCAAUGCAGAACUGUUCCAGUUUAAAGAUGAAGACGCUCCUCCUGUUCCGCCAAGGACAGAAUCACAUGGUGCUAUGGAUAUCGCUGUUGAUAUAGUACCGGAGAGCCCGGACAAGCAAUUUGAAUUGGAUUCAGAUCAGCUAUCUGCUGAGAGCUUGCCUCACAAUGUGUCGUUAAACGUGAGUGGAGAAGCCGACAUUGAAGGCUCAUCUCGCCGGGGCCCACCCCCGAUCCCUCCUAAACCGCGCCUACGACGCCCUAGUCCACGUCCACGGGUGACAAAGAAGGACGAUGGGCCCCCUCCCCCUCUCCCCAUCACCUCGCCCCCCUCGGCAGCUCCACCCCUCACAGAGACGCCAACCUAUGAACUUGAAUCCAGGUUGAGCCCACGUGUGGUUGUAGCUCAUCGGAAGUCAGAGAGUGCUGACAGCGAGGUGUCGUCCUCAUCUGACCUCCUCACCUCAAGUGACCUUAAGGGCGUGUCCUCGGCCCCCUCGACACCCCGCAGUACCGCCUCCCCCGGUAUGUCUCCCCUGGCAUCCCCCAGCCUCACCCGGGGCUGGAGGACCGCCAGCACAGAUGCCAUUCCCACCUCAUAUGAGAAAAACAUCAAGGUGCAGAAGGGCAACGACCAGCUAGGUAUGACUGUUGAUGCAGUGGACCGGGGUAUCAAUGGUUGUGUUAUCAAAACCAUCGCUGACGGUGGUGCUUUGGCUAAAGAUGGCCGCCUUGCAGUGGGGGACUACGUGGUUCUCGUCAACAACGAAAGCAUGCGGCGUAUCACCAAUGCUCAAGCCAGGGCCAUCCUUCGUAGGGCAUCACUUCUAAAUAGAUCCAUUAGUUUCACCUAUAUCCCAAGUGCUGAUGUCGCAGCCUACCAGGAAACUCUGACCAAUCGCAGCCUUGAGUGCAGCCCUUCUCAUAAGCCCAGUAUGCCAUCGCCAAGGCGGCAGCUUCUGGAGAAACGUGUCAGCGACGCAAGACGUAUGAACAGUGCAACAUUAUCAUCUUCACCUAGGAGGACCCUAUCAGCGGUCAGCCCGCCAUCUUCCCCAUCUCCAGCCCCUGCCUCUCCAGCCGAGGUGGUCCCAGUCCAGCUGUCUACGGUCCAGCAGAUGUCACCCCGACAGAAGUCCCUGGCAUCUGACGGGUCCCCAGCAGCUGGCAACCACGCCUGGGGACCAGCCCGCACUGUUGAGCUCGUCCGGGAACCUGGCAGAAGUCUCGGCAUCAGUAUUGUUGGGGGACGUGUGGACUUGUUUCACGUCUCAGAGGAACACACCAUCACGGGAAUCUUCAUCAAACAUGUCGUGGAGAACAGUCCUGCAGGCAGGAAUGGUACUCUCAAAACAGGGGAUCGCAUUCUUGAGGUGAAUGGUGUUGAUGUUCGGGAUGCAACACAUGACGAGGCUGUGGAGAUUAUUCGCAAUGCAACCUCUCCUGUUACGUUUGUUGUCCAAAGUCUUUCAGAUUCUGCGUGUGUUGUGGAGAAAAUCACUACAGCUACCAAGCCAGGUGAUCUGGAGGCAGCGGAACUAAAAUCUGUACAAUCAUUUGAAGAAGCCACUGCACAGUCCACAGCGCCUCUACAGGCAAAACCUAAGGACAGACUGACACACUUACAGUCGGAGUCCAGGGGAGAGUCCGUGAGUGACAGCGAGUCUGAAGACGAGUUUGGCUACACAACAAAAAAACUUCAGAAGAAAUAUGGUGAGCUGAGCGGAGAUAUUCACCUGGUGGAUCUGUCGACGGGGUCAAAUGGUCUGGGCUUGAGCUUGGCUGGCAAUAAGGAUCGGAACCUCAUGAGUGCUUUUGUGGCAGGGAUACAGCCGGAGAGCACAGCCGCCAAGGAUGGCAGAAUUACCGUUGGGGAUGAACUGCUGGAGGUGAAUGGCCAAGUCCUACAUGGAAGGAGUCACUUGAAUGCCUCUGCCAUCAUCAAGGGCAUCAAGACACCUUCGGUCAAGAUUGUCCUCCUCAGACGAGAGAACUACCAGCACCAUAUGGCCAUCAAGCCACUGCGUCUGGGUCCCAUCAUCCAUACAGAGGAGCAUGUGGAAUCGGCCACUUCCCCAAAGCCGACUCCCAAUCGAGCACCUGUUCCUGCAGCAACGGGUACGACGCCUCACAAGGAGCCCCCAAAAGAGGACACCAAACCUCUUGAUAUUGUAAAUACUGUCACACUUUCAAAGGGACCCCAAGGUCUUGGUUUUGGCAUCGUGGAAGAAACUCGCGACGGCCGCCACGGGAUCUAUGUCCGUAGUGUGACACCAGGGGGCGCUGCAGCAAAGGAUGGACAGCUGACAGUCGGAGAUCAGAUCAUGGAAGUUGGGGACAAAUCAUUAAAUGGCGUACAUUACGAUAAGGCAAUCGAUAUUUUACGACAAUCUCAGGGCAGUGUGAAAUUAAAGGUUCGAAAGAUUGGUAAAGGCAAGCAAGGAGAAUCAAUUCGACUUGGAAACACAGUUGAUGAAUCUUCAACUGACCCUCCAGCCCCAGUUGUGACGACUGACCCCAAGACCUGCCCAAUCACCCCUGGUCGAGAGACCCUCAUAGAGAUUGAAAAGGGUCGCACAGGACUUGGGCUCAGCAUUGUGGGUGGGUCAGACACGCUACUGGGAGCUAUCAUUAUUCACGAAGUGUAUGAAGAUGGGGCAGCUUUUAAAGAUGGCAGACUUUCUGCUGGGGACCAAAUCUUGGAGGUGAACCGUGAGGACCUGCGUGAUGCCACCCACGACCACGCCAUCCAGGUGCUGCGCCAGACACCCUCCAGCGUGUGGAUCCUGAUGUACCGCGAUGACAACCAGUUGAAGGAAGAGGACAUCUACGACAUCUUCAGCGUGGAGCUCAUGAAGAAGCCGGGCAAGGGACUCGGACUCAGCAUCGUCGGCAAGAAGACUGAUGUCGGUGUUUACAUAUCAGACAUUGUGAAGGGCGGGGUGGCAGAGGCUGAUGGAAGACUUAUGCAAGGGGACCAGAUUCUCGCUGUCAAUGGAGAAGACAUGAGAAACUCAACUCAGGAAUAUGCAGCAGGCGUUCUUAAGACAUUGAUGGGCAAGGUGACAAUGAUGGUGGGAAGGUUAAAAGCAGGGUCAAGGACCUCUUCACGACGGAACUCCAAUUCUCCUGGCAGUGCUUUGAAAAAAUCAGAAUCGAGUGCAAGCAAUCGCUCCCGGGGAAAACACUCAAAGAAUGUGAGUGUGGACUGGACACAUUUGAGGAAUGUGGAUCUCCAGCAUGACGAGUCGGGCUCUCUGGGGCUGAGCAUUGCUGGUGGGGUGGGCUCCCCGCUAGGGGAUGUUCCCAUCAUUGUUGCAAACCUCACCCCCACAGGCCCAGCAGCACGGUGUGGCAGGUUACGGGUUGGUGACAAGAUCCUGAUGAUCAACAACCGAUCAACAGACGGCAUGACCCAUGAUGAGGCAGUUGCCGUGCUGAAGUCAACGACGCCGGUGAUGCUGCAGGUCAUCCAGGGGGAGGAGCUGGCUGUCAGUGUCAAUGGCAGUCGCUCAGCGUCAAGUCAGCACUGACAUGUCAAACGACCCAACUGCCACCGAACUUUCUGUGCCUCCUCCAGCUGAGGGACAAGGCCCACAAUGCAGCACCCUGAUUCUGGAGCGAGGUCAAGAAGGCCUGGGAUUCUCGAUUGUCGGAGGUCAUGGAAGUCCACACGGAGAUCUGCCCAUCUAUGUGAAGAACGUCUUUGAGAAGGGAGCUGCCGCCGAAAAUGGCGUGUUGAAAAGAGGAGAUCAGAUUUUGGCUGUGAAUGGGAAAAGUCUGGAUGGACUUACACAUGAUGAAGCUGUCAAUAUUCUGAAAAAUGCGCGAGGAAAAGUGACUCUAUCUGUGUUGUCUUGAUAGUGUGCCAUGACAACGUACUAUUAUCAUUCAGUGGGACCAGUUGUAUUGUUGACAAGCUUUGGCAAAGUACGCUGUGACAGAGAGCACCAAUCAGGAACAGUUUCAGAAAGCAUGGAAAUAAUCUCUAUUGAUGCUACUCCUUGGAAACAAUCACCAUGGAUACCAUGGGCACUUGAAUGGUUACUAUGAUUCUAUGAAACAGGAACAAAGGACAUCAACGGAACAUGUUAUUUUGAUAUGAAGGAGAACACUCCAGGAAUUUUGGAAUUUUGAAAAAAUCGUGGAACUAUGGUGUCCGAAAAUGGUGACUGUUCAUCGAAAGCAUCGUGCCAGAGCUUGAAAAUAAUAUUAUUUGUUUCUUCACAAUUAUCAGAUAUCAAAAUGGUUGUGACAGUGACUUUAAGUCGUUUUGGGAUGACAGAACUUUACAAUGGAUACACUCAAUAAUAAUAAAGUUAUGCAAUGUAGUCAUUGUGAAUAAGUAACUCAUUCAUGAUAAUUAGGUGCUUGAAUUAAAAGGUACAAGGACUGAAACCCCUAAAUUCCACAAACUAUGGAUAUGAGUUUGCAAUGUUUGUGUCACAAUUAGUGAGUAUAUCCAUUGAAGACUUCUAUACUGUUACUGUUAUUUUUGUAUAUGAUGUAUGAUAGUGUUUUCAUUUUUUUUUACAGGAUUUGCAACUGUGAUAGUGAGAUUUAAUUAUGUUACAAGAAUUUGUGAAAAUGGAUAUCAUUUCUUUGAAUUAGAUAUGACCCUGUCCCCAUUGUAGCUGAAAUGUCUCAACUUGAAGAAGAACACUAUAAGAAUGAAACCUUGUCUCAUCCCAUUACAAAUAUGCAAUGUUUUGGAGAGACACGUAUUACUGGACCAAUAUUAUUGAGAUAUCUGACGAAACUAUAAGUUUUUUCUUUAUGGAAGUAUGUAUAUAAUGGUAAUUACAGUAGAUCAUUUAGUAUAUUCCCUUUAUUAGAUAUAGAUCAUGUGGACCUCAUUAGCAUAGUGAAAAAACAAAAUUCCACCUUUAUAUUAAUCAGAGAGAGAUAAAACACUAAACUCUGAUGUAACAAGUCUGGCUGCAGAUCAAAAUCAAAAAUCGAAUUGGAGUGUAGAGCUUUGAUUUUCUGUAAAAUUAUUUUGGAUGAAGAAAUAAGUUGUUAAAGUGAUUUAAAAUUAUCUGUUUGCUAUAAAAUGCAACCUGAAUUUUCGAUUUGGCAACCCAUUCAAGGUUCUAAAAAUAUUCCACAGAUUAUUUUCUUGCAGUGUUUCUUUGGUAAAUAUAACAGAGACAUCCUGAGGCACAUCCUCAAGAGGUAACUAUGUUAUAUCCUGGUUGUCCUGUGUUGUGUGGAGACUUGAGCAUCCUUAAACAUUUGGAUUCUUCUAAACGUUUUGUGUAUUGACUGCAGAAUGACAGAAUGUUUUACUCUUCAUUAUAUAACAAAUGCAUAUUACAGAGAUGAGUGAGAUUAUAUGUUACACCUUGAUCAACUUUUUCCAGUUUUCUAUUUCAUUUUAUAUGACAGGUGUUUUCUAAUGCUUUUAAACAAUUUUCAUGAACUGAUCUGUUGCAUCAAGAUCCCAAUGACCUGCUCUGACAGCCUGUAGUGGUGAUGUUGUGGUAGGAAUGUCAUGAUGUCAUGCAGGUGAAGUGCUGAUGUCAUGGUAGUAAUGUCAUGACAUCAUGCAGGUGAUGUGAUAUCAUGGUAAGAAUAUCAUGACAUCAUGCACGUGAUGUGUUGAUGUCAUGGUAGGAAUGUCAUGUUAUGCAGGCGAUGUGAUGUCGUGGUAGUAAUGUCAUGACAUCAUGCACGUGAUGUGUUGAUGUCAUGAUAGGAAUGUCAUGUCAUGCAGGUGAUGUGAUGUCAUGGUAGGGUUGACAUGCAGGUGAUGUGAUGUCGUGGUAGGAAUGUCAUGAUGUCAUGCAGGUGAUUCAAUGUCAUGGUAGGAAUGUCACGCAGGUGAUUCAGUGUCAUGGUAGGAAUGCCAUGAUGACAUUUGGGUGAUGUCAGGAUGUGAUGACAUUAAUGUGGUGAUGUCAUACAGGUAAUGUCAUGCAAGCAAUGUACGAUUGUAAUGAAAGGCAGGUGUGGAAUUACAUGAUGUUGAUUGAAUGAUAGGAAAGCAAAAGGCAGUUUCUACACAUCAUAUUGACCAUAACUUGUAUUUUGUUUGGGUAAGUUUCAAGUUGUCAGAACAAAAUUAUCACAAUAAAUAUGAUACAUACUUUUUUUAAGGAGAACAAUCUUAAAAUGGAAUGAUAAUACAUUGGUUGUUAUGUAAUAUAGCAUAUAACAUGUAGACACACACAAGACACAUAAUUUGUUGGCUCCCUAUCUGAAUUUCCAUUUGGUUUUGUAAACAGGCAAGUAUAGUCACUGGUUGACAUCCGAUAGCCACAGAUCUUGUUGAUACUUUUAUUACCUAUCAGUAUACCCUGUUGGUAUUACUCAGACAAUAAUGGUCAUUAGAGGUCAUCCUAUCUGAAACUAACAUGUGGACAGUAUGGGUUUACUGGUUUCGUACCCGGUUGCCCAGUAGUCACUGGCUAGAAUUCAGAUUCCAUGUAGACACAUUGGUUGGUUCCUUGCCUUUAUGUCAGUAAGGUAUUAUACAGACAACGACAGUCACUUGUUUGCAUCAAAUGUCCAUACACUAAGAAGACACGAUAAUAAAUGGUCAUCUUAUUAUCAUGUAGGGACCUAUGUCUAUGGACACUAUUUGGUUUAUGCAUCAUAGACUAUCAGAGAUUAUACGAUCUGUAGACUUUAUUAUAACCCAGUACGUUUGGACAAAACUGCCCUCAAUAAAGACAUUCAACCAUUCCACAGAACCACACAAACAUCCAAGUUGCCUAUGACAGACUAGUUGGUUGUUCCUGUUUGAGUGACAGCGCCUGUUUCUUUGUCUUGGUAUCAGGUGGUAGAAACAAUGUAGAAAAUAGUACACAUUCCAUUGGUAUUUGUUAGCUUGCAAGAAUUUGUCUUCCUCCUUGCGUUAACAUUGAUGAAGCUGUGGUGGGAGUAUCUCAGACCCACUCACCUAAUCCCAUGCACAUAAACCCAGUCACUGAUAGAUAACCUCAAUCUCAAACUGUAAGUAAGUACUUGUACUCACAAUUCCUUGGAUUAAGGUGGUGUAGUCUUUGAUAAGUGAAUAGGCUUACCCCUUUAAAGCAGACUUGAAUCCUAUGGUACAACCAAGGAUUUAUCUAUCAGUUAAAGGGUUGCUCCUCACAGUUGAGGAUGUUUUCAUUUAAGCUGCAGCACCAUUUCUGUCUAUGCAAUUUCUGCUGGGCCCUUUAACUUCCAAGCAUUCUCAUUGGCUAAAAUUCAAAUGUCUCAAUUUUUAUUGGUUGGCCAAAGUAGAUAAGUUGCUGGCAACAGUUAGAAGCUGUGAAUAAAUGUGAUAGCUUAUCAUUUUAACAGAACUGUUUACCAAUACUUAGUGUAACGAUGAUCUUGGAGAUUUUAUAGUGGUUAACCCAGUGUUAUAGAAACUCAUGCCGAUAUUUAUCAUUGAUAAGCACAUGUGUGACUGGAUCCUCCUCCAAUGUCACGUUGUGCUGUUGAGUUUACUGUUUAUAUCACAUGAUGGCUUCUUAAUUAUCACUGUUUAUGCUAACUCCCAUUACCCACGAUUUGUACUAAAUAAAGUAUAUUUACAUGAAA